AAAGUGCGCCCACACAUGGCAGCUGUCUCCAGCCCAUGUUCCCUGAAGCACUUUAUAUAUCCAUCCUUCUUACCAUAUUCACUUAGAGUCCCAUCCCUUGCUGAAAUUGUCACGACCAUGUUGUCAUUAUUCACCAACUUGCUCCUCUUCCUAUCCCUGCUAAUCGGUCUAUGCAAUUGCAGGGUAACAACAACAAAUGAAGAGGUGCAAACCCUAAACACAAACACUCACUUCAACCCACAGGUCCCACCCCUCCGAACCCUCUCUUCCUCGAAGCGGUUCGAGGGUUCCUCGGAGUUCGUGAAGCUCAAAUACCACAUGGGACCUGUGCUAUCGUCUCCGAUCAACAUCUACCUCAUCUGGUACGGCAAGUGGCCCCAAUCCCAGAAGCUCCUCAUCAAGGACUUCCUCAACUCAAUCUCCGACGACCACCACCGCGCCUCCCCCUCUCCCUCCGUCUCCGACUGGUGGCGCACUGUCUCCCUCUACACCGACCAGACCGGCGCCAACAUCUCCCGCUCCGUCUCCAUCGCCGGCGAGUACUCCGACCUCCGCUACUCCCACGGCACACACCUCACCCGCCUCUCCGUGCAGGACGUCAUCGCCACCGCCGUCCAGGCCAAGCCCUUCCCCGUCGACCACCGCAACGGGAUCUACCUAAUCCUCACCGCCGAAGACGUCACCAUGGAAGACUUCUGCCGCGCCGUCUGCGGUUUCCACUACUUCACCUUCCCAUCCAAGGUGGGUUACACGCUCCCUUACGCCUGGGUGGGGAACUCAGGAAAACAGUGUCCCGAGGUUUGCGCUUAUCCCUUCGCUGUUCCCGGCUACAUGGGCGGCGGCGGCCCCGGCCACCUCACGCCGCCGAACGGCGACGUCGGAGUGGACGGCAUGGUGAGCGUGAUCGGGCACGAGCUGGCGGAGCUCUCGUCGAACCCGCUGGUGAACGCGUGGUACGCCGGCGAGGACCCCACCGCGCCAACCGAGAUCGGAGAUUUGUGCGAGGGGUUGUACGGAACGGGUGGUGGCGGCGGUUAUAUUGGUUCCGUUAUGAAAGAUGGUGAAGGGAGAACCUUUAAUCUUAACGGUAGGAAUGGACGGAAGUUUCUAGUGCAGUGGAUUUGGAGCCCCGUUUUGAAGGCUUGUGCUGGGCCCAAUGCUUUGGAUUGAAUUCCUUCAUACAUUACAAGCUCUGCCUGCUACUCUUUUUUUGCUUACUUACCCUAUCUAUGUAUCAUACACCUAAUGAUGCUUUUUUUUAUUAUUAAUGACGAUAUUCAUUUUUAUCUUCUCCA